UUGGGUUUCGAGUUUAGAGUUUCCUUUCAUUGUUUUUAAUACCAUAAACACCGAUCUUAAGAACGCUCGAAGCGUGUCUCCAUUCUUCUAUGUUCCACCACCAUGCACGCAAAACUCUCUCUCUAGUCUCAACAUUCUCGUGCAAAUCUAAACAAACCCAAACCCACAUUGUCUCGCUGUGUACUGGCACGGCAACAUGUACUCACUCCCACUCGAAUCUGGUUACUCUCUGCUCGAACGCCCGAUUCCUUCACCAAACCAAGCAAGCCCACGCCUCUGCGCUUCUCAACGGCUGGCUUCCCCACAGUGUCUCUCUCUGUGCCUCCCUUAUUCUCAGCUACUCCACUUUCGGAGACCCCACUACCUCUCGCUGUCUUUUCGAACAGACUGUUGAGCAUUGCCGCACUGCCUUCUUGUGGAACACCCUUAUUCGGGCUAACUCAAUUGCUAAAGUGUAUGAUGGGUUUGAGCCUUAUAAUAGAAUGGUUAGGACCGGUGUUCGGCCCGAUGAUCAUACCUUCCCUUUCGUUCUUAAGGCGUGUUCGGACUUUUUGGAGGUCCGGAAGGGAAUGGAGAUUCAUGGGGUUGUGUUUAAGCUCGGGUUUGACACGGAUGUCUUUGUUGGGAAUACCCUCUUGUUGUUUUACGGUAAUUGUGGGGAUUUGGGAGAUACCAAGAGGGUGUUUGAUGAAAUGCAUGAAAGGGAUGUCAUAUCGUGGAAUACGAUAAUUGGGGUGCUUUCGGUUAAUUUCUGUUAUGUGGAGGCACUUGAUCUUUUCAAAGAGAUGAAUUUGAGGUCUGGGUUCAGGCCAAAUUUGGUUAGCAUUGUUAGUGUGUUGCCGGUUUGUGCUGGGCUUGAAGAUGCGGUCAUGGUGAGUCGUAUUCAUUGUUAUGUUGUGAAGGUUGGUCUGGAUCUUCACGUGAAUAUUAACAAUACUAUGGUUGACGCGUAUGGAAAAGGUGGGAAUGUAAAGGCUUCAGAGCAAGUUUUCAGUGAAAUGGUUGAGAGGAAUGAGGUUUCUUGGAAUGCGAUUAUCACUAGUCUUUCUUUUACAAAGCAUAAUAUUGACGCCUUGGAGAUAUUUAGGUUGAUGAUCGAUGCAGGGGUUAAACCAAACUCUAUCACUAUUUCUAGUAUGCUACCCGUUUUGGUGGAAUUAGAACUUUUUAAAGCAGGAAAGGAGAUUCAUGGGUUCAGUAUGAGGAUGGGUAUUGAGUGUGAUGUUUUUAUUGCUAACUCAUUGAUCGACAUGUAUGCAAAAUCUGGCCAUACAACUGAGGCAUCCGAUGUGUUUUAUAAGAUGGGUGAAAAGAACGUUGUAUCUUGGAAUGCCAUGGUUGCUAAUUUUGCUCAAAACAGGCUUGAGUUGGCUGCCAUAGGACUAAUAAGACAAAUGCAAGCUCACGAUCAAACUCCCAACUCUGUCACCUUCACAAAUGUUCUUCCAGCUUGUGCACGACUGGGUUCUCUUCGUCCUGGAAAAGAAAUCCAUGCAAGGACAAUUCGAAUGGGAUCUGCCAAUGAUUUAUUUGUUUCUAAUGCUCUGACAGACAUGUAUGCAAAAUGUGGCAACCUAAAUCUUGCUCGAAAUGUCUUUAACAUCUCCCUUAGGGAUGAAGUAUCUUACAAUAUACUAAUUGUGGGGUAUUCUCAGGCUAUUGAUUGCAUAGAAUCUCUGAGUUUGUUUUCAGAAAUGAGGCUUAUAGGCAUGACGCAUGAUAUUGUUUCCUUUGUGGGUGUUAUAUCAGCUUGUGCAAACCUAGCCGCAAUCAAGCAAGGCAAAGAGAUCCAUGGAUUAUUAGUGAGAAAACUUAUUCAUGCUCAGCUCUUCAUUGCUAACUCUCUGUUGGACUUCUAUACCAAAUGUGGACGAAUUGAUAUAGCUAGUAAGGUCUUUGACCAGAUUCAGAAAAAGGAUGUAGCGUCUUGGAAUACUAUGAUUUUGGGUUAUGGAAUGCUAGGUGAAUUGGACACUGCUAUCAAUCUAUUUGAAGCAAUGAGGGAAUAUGGUGGUGUAGAAUAUGAUUCAGUUUCGUAUAUUGCAGUUUUGUCAGCUUGUAGUCAUGGAGGACUCGUUGAAAAGGGAAAGAAGUACUUUGAGGAGAUGCAGACUCAAAAUAUUAGGCCAACACAAAUGCACUAUGCUUGUAUGGUUGAUCUCCUUGGCCGGGCUGGCUUAAUGGAAGAAGCAAUUGAGCUUAUUAAAGGCCUGCCUAUUGUGCCGGAUGCCAAUGUAUGGGGAGCUUUGCUUGGGGCAUGCCGAAUCUAUGGGAAUGUAGAGUUGGGGUGUUGGGCAGCAGAGCAUUUGUUCAAGUUGAAGCCUCAGCACUCUGGGUACUACAUUCUUCUUUCAAACAUGUAUGCAGAAGCAGGGAGAUGGGACGAGGCGAACAGGGUUAGGGACUUGAUGAAAUCAAGGGGAGUGAAGAAGAAUCCUGGCUGUAGUUGGGUUCAGAUUCGUGACCAGUUUCAUGCUUUUGUAGUUGGGGAGAGAAUAGAGGGAUUAGAUUCAGAUAUUUGGCUUGCAGAAUGCAGUUAAUUUGUUUUUUUACAUUUUAGAUUCGGUUUGAGGGUUCACCUAAGAAGACGGUAUAUGGUGUAAAUAUUGUCUCUUUGGAAUGACAUUGAGACUUGAGAGACAAGUCUGGAGAGUUAGAUAACCUUUACCACAUUUCUUAGCAACUUGGACUGGUUCGCCUUCAACACUUCAACGUGGAAAUGGAUGCUAAUAAUAGUGAAGCUGUAGAUGGAAGUUGCAUUCUACUUUCUAAGAUUGAUUGAUAUCUGUGGAUAUAAGAAAAGCAGAAUCAGGCCAUACAAUUACUGUACGUGGCGUCCAAUG